UGGGACUAAGCAGCUUCAGAAUGAGGGAGUGGGAGAGAUUUGUCCCAACCACAGGCCAAGCGUGACUCAGGAAAUCUUCCGGCUACACCUGUGAAUGAUGAUUAUGGUAGAUGUUAGAAUUUCUUUUUAAAGAAAAAUAUUAAUUUACAGGAAUCGCACAAACUGUAUACCAAACCCAACAUCACUUUUUGGAAUCUGAGAAUGAUACUAGUAAACCACACUUAAUAUUUGUUCUUUGGAGCCUGCUAAUCUCAGAAUUACCCUACAAUAAACAGAUGCUCUCUCUACGCUGGGCAGCCUGCCAGAAGGUAAGCUUAUGGCCCACUGGGCUUUCCCCAUAAAAGGACCGGAGCCUCAACCUCACGCAAGCAGGAGCCUCAGCAGAGAAAGCUCUGUGUCAUUACUCAGCGACUCUCAGCUCCCGCCAGGUGACCAUGACCCAACUCAGCUUCCUGCUAUUUAUCAUCCUGGCCACCAGAGGGUGCACUGCACUUGAAGAGAAACUGGAUAACAACAGAUGGGCCAAUCCUGUGUCUGCCUCUCUGUUCAGAAGCUGCAAGGAAAUCAAGCAGGAGAUCACUGGGGCACAAGAUGGCCUCUAUUUCCUCCGCACGAAGAAUGGUGUCAUCUACCAGACCUUCUGUGACAUGACCACUGCAGGUGGUGGCUGGACCCUGGUGGCCAGUGUGCAUGAGAAUAACAUGGGCGGGAAGUGCACAGUGGGUGAUCGCUGGUCCAGUCAGCAAGGCAACAGAAUCGACUACCCGGAGGGAGAUGGCAACUGGGCCAACUACAACACCUUUGGGUCUGCAGAGGGGGCCACAAGUGAUGACUACAAGAACCCUGGCUACUUCGACAUCCAGGCUGAGAACCUGGGUAUCUGGCAUGUGCCCAACAAGAGCCCCCUGCACAAUUGGAGGAACAGUUCCCUGCUGAGGUACCGCACCUUCACUGGCUUCCUGCAGCACCUGGGCCAUAAUCUGUUUGGCCUGUACCAGAAGUACCCAGUGAAAUAUGGAGCCGGGAAGUGUUGGACUGACAAUGGCCCAGCAAUACCUGUGGUCUAUGACUUUGGUGAUGCUCAGAAGACAGCCUCUUAUUACUCCCCCCUUGGCCAGAAGGAAUUCACUGCAGGAUUUGUUCAGUUCAGAGUGUUUAAUAACGAGAGAGCAGCCAGUGCUUUGUGUGCUGGCAUGAAGGUCACUGGAUGUAAUUCUGAAGCUAGCUGCAUUGGUGGAGGAGGAUUCUUCCCAGAAGGUAACCCUCGGCAGUGUGGAGACUUCUCUGCAUUUGAUUGGAAUGGAUAUGGAACUCACAUUGGGUACAGCAGUAGCCGGGAGAUAACUGAAGCAGCCGUGCUUCUGUUCUAUCGUUGAGAACAUUGUGGUGUGGGAC